ACACACACACACACACACACACACACACACACACACGCGAGUUUAUUCAUGACCUUAUUAUAUUUCACCCAACCACAACUCUAGCCGUGAUUAUGGGCGUGUCUGUGGGCGUGUCUGUGGGCGUGUCUGUGAGGGAUCUGGGGACCCUCCGGGUCCACUUCUCCUUGUCUCGCGCUGUCCUGCGCUGCUGUGUGCGCGUGAGAGAGAGAACUUUUUUACUACACUAGUACUACACGUAUAUUGUCGUUUUUCUUUUUCUUUUUGCUGGAGUGUGUAUAGGUGUAUGAGUGUGUGUAUAGGUGUAUGAGUGUGUGUAUAGGUGUAUGAGUGUGUGUAUAGGUGUAUGAGUGUGUGUAUAGGUGUAUGAGUGUGUAUAGGUGUAUGAGUGUGUGUAUAGGUGUAUGAGAGUGUGUAUAGGUGUAUGAGUGUGUGUAUAGGUGUGUGUAAGUGGAGUUUGUCUCUCUCUGAAGACUGCUGCAGGAGGACAUGUCGGGUGGAUUUGCGAUCGCGACUCUCCGGUAACACGGACUGCUUGUGUGUGACUCCGGAGCGCGCGCUGCUGCAGAAACACACACACACACACACACACACACACACACACACUGUGUUUCCAUUCUCUCCGGUGAUCUGGAUUUACUGCUUUAAUGUUCCUCGCUCUGACCGGCGGCGCGCGCAGUGAGUGUGGAGCUGCUGUAAUUGAUUAGUGAACAGAAGUGUGUGAGGAGUGUGUACGGGGAAAUGAAGCGCGUGUGGACGGUGUGUGUGUGUUUGGCCUUCAUCAGAUUCAGCAGCUGGAGUUCAGCAGAAGAAGAAGUUGUGAUGAAUACAAAGUCAGAAACAUCUGAUCUAAGAUGGACCAUCUACCCUGCACCUGAUCCUGAGUGGGAAGAGAUGAGUGGUCUGGAUGAAGAAGGGAACAGUGUUAGGACAUUCCAGAUCUGUCCGUCAGAUGGAAGCUCGACAUCUCAUUGGCUGAGGACGCGUCUGAUCCCAGUGGGCGGAGCCUCUCAGCUUUACGUGGAGAUUCGCUUCACCAUUGUAGAGUGUAGCUCACUGCGUUCUCCAACACCAACACAGACCUGCAAGGAAACCUUUAACGUUUACUACUACCAGAGUGAUGACGACUCGGCCACACCCACACACCCUGCCUGGAUAGAGAACCCAUACACGAAGGUGGACACUGUGGCAGCCGACUUCCUGUUGCGUCGAGGUGGGGAGAGGAAGUCGAAUGUGAAGACCCUGCGUGUUGGGCCGAUCAGAAAAGCUGGGAUUUAUUUAGCAUUUCAGGCUCAGGGCGUGUGUAUGGCGCUGCUCGCUGUGCGGGUUUACUAUAAAAAAUGCCCCGCCCAUGUACGCAAUUUCUCCGCCUUCCCCGAGACACUUCCACAUUCGCUGGUGCAGCAGGCUGAGGGGAAGUGUGUGGAGAACUCCACCCCUUCUGGUCCUGAGGCCCGACCACCAACCAUGCUGUGUGGAGAGGACGGCCAGUGGGUGGAGCCUGCAUCAACUUCCUGUGCAUGUAUAGCUGGAUAUGAGCCUGUGGACACGGGCCGCUGCCGAGAAUGUGGACCAGGUCAGUAUAAGUCUUCAGUGGGGUGAGUGUGUAGAAUUUGUCCGAUGAACAGUAACACACUCUCCUGGAGCCACUUGGUGUUCAUGUCGCCCGGUUACUACAGAGCACCGACUGACACAUCAGACAUGGCCUGUACCAAGCCCCCCUCUGCACCCCGGAAUCUUGUCCCACAGGUGAACGAUACGAUGGUGGUGUUGGAGUGGAGUGAGCCGGUAGAGCGUGGAGGACGCUUGGACCUGUCAUAUGCAGUGGAGUGUGUGCGCUGUGGAGCGAGCGUGAGCGUAGGUGUGUGUGUGCCGUGUGCGGAGAGUGUGUUGUAUCGGCCCACACAGACGGGACUGACAGGGCGGAGAGUGGUGAUCCAUGGCCUUCAACCACACACACGCUACACCUUCACCAUCAUCGCCAUCAACGGAGUCACAGCCUCCAGCAUCACACACACUGCCUCAGCUAGCAUCAACAUCACCACCAGCAGCUACGUUUUUGUUCCCGUGUCAGGAAUCAGGAGAGUAAAGGCAUCUGAAACGAGUCUUACUCUGGCCUGGAAUGUGCCGGAACACACACUUAACACCAUCACAGAGUUCCAGCUACGAUACUGUCUACAGGGUGAGGACGAGGCAUGGCAGUAUGUCAGCAGUAAGCAGAACUCUGUGGUUCUGUUGAAUUUGUCUCGUUCCUCUGAGUACAGAGUUCAGGUCCGAGCCAGAACCAGCACCGGAUACGGACAGUUCAACAGCAUCACUACAGUCACAACACUGCCUGAUGGUGCAGACUCUCACACUCGUAUGAUAGUGACAGGUGGGCUGGUGGCUAUGGGUAUCCUUAUCCUCAUCGCCAUAGUAACUGUUGCGGUGUUCUGUUUCAGAAGGCACAGUAGACUGAGGGACUCAGAGUCGGAUAAAAAUGGACAGUAUCUCAUGACCCCAGGCAUGAAGGUUUAUAUUGAUCCGUUUACAUAUGAGGACCCGAACGAAGCAGUGCGAGAGUUCGCUAAAGAGAUUGAUGUCUCAUUUGUGAAGAUUGAGGAGGUGAUUGGUGCAGGGGAGUUUGGUGAGGUGUGUCGAGGCCGUCUCCGUAUUCCUGGUAAGAAGGAGAACUACGUGGCUAUCAAGACUCUAAAGGGUGGCUACACGGAUAAGCAGAGGCGGGACUUCCUGUCUGAGGCAUCAAUCAUGGGACAGUUCCACCAUCCCAACAUCAUCCACCUGGAGGGAGUGAUUACCACUUCCUGUCCCUCCAUGAUCAUCACUGAGUACAUGGAGAACGGAGCUCUAGACUCGUUCCUUAGGAUGAAUGAUGCUCAGUUCACCCCCCUGCAGUGUGUUGGUAUGCUCCGUGGUAUUGCCAGUGGGAUGAAGUACCUGAGUGAGAUGGGUUUCGUGCACCGGGACCUCGCCGCCCGGAACAUCCUCGUUAACAGCAACCUAGUGUGUAAAGUGUCCGAUUUCGGCCUCUCCAGGUUCCUCACUGAGAGUUCCUCAGACCCAACGUACACCAGCUCACUGGGUGGGAAGAUUCCGAUACGCUGGACGGCUCCUGAGGCGAUCGCAUUCCGUAAAUUCACCUCUGCCUCUGAUGUCUGGAGUUAUGGCAUUGUCAUGUGGGAAGUGAUGUCAUUCGGAGAGCGGCCAUACUGGGACAUGAGCAACCAGGAUGUGAUCAAUGCUAUAGAACAAGAUUACCGUUUGCCCCGCCCUCCUGAUUGCCCCGCCCCUCUGCAUCAGCUGAUGUUGGAUUGUUGGCAGAAAGAGCGUGCGUCCCGGCCCCGAUUCUGUGACCUUGUAAACUCUCUUGACAAACUUAUCCGAAACCCUGCCUCUCUCAAACACAUCGCACACUCACAAGAUGGGUUGUUGUUGGACCGGCGUUCCUCUCUGUCCCAGUGUGUGUCUGUGAGCGAGUGGUUGAAGGGCAUCAAAAUGGAACGAUAUGAGGAGAACUUCAUUCAGGCAGGGUUCUCCACGUUAGAACUCAUCUCUCAGAUCAGCACUGAGGACCUGCUGCGUAUCGGUGUCACUCUGGCUGGUCAUCAGAAGAAGAUUCUCUCCAGCAUCCAAAACAUAAGAGUCCAAUCCAAAAACUCACUGAGAUACUGAAGACAGACACACACACACACACACACACACACACACACACACACACACACACACACACACCUUCUCAUGACAUUUUGCACUUCAAGACCACUACACUUGAUGGCCAAUCAACAUGAUGUUUCAACAAGGAAUGCCAUCACAAACUACAUCUACCAAUCACAUCUCAGUAUUUUUCUGGAUGUAAUAGUGCCUGCUCUCUGUUCUUACCUGAUGACAUCACUCAUUGUUUAUUUCAGCAUCCAAUCAGACCUCAGCUCUUUUUUAACUGCGUUAUCAUUAGACAUCAGCGUGCCUUUACAGGUACUUGGUUUUUGACGUAUUCCCAUCAUGCUUUGCACUUCAAGCCCGGUACACGUGACAUACGACAGCCAAUGGGAGUUCUUCCAUGAGGGAUGACAUCACACGAGGAAACUUCAUGACUAAGUAAUUAUGACGUAUUUAUGAAAAAAAGGACUGGAUCCUCCUCUGCUCUGCAAUCGUCCAAUCACAUCCCACUAUUGCACUUCCUGCUUCAAGUGACAGUAACCAUGUCAGAUGACAUCACAUCAUUACACCCUGACAUUGUUAUGACAUCACAGUUUCUAGCAGUCCUUCCACUGUGUGCUGUUCCAUGGUGCCUGAAGCUGAUUGGCUGAUCCUGUGCUUUACUUUUGUCCAGUUACAUUUGAGAAAAGACCUAAUAGGAUAUUUCGUUAUUUUUAAGUUCGCAGUUGCCACAGCAAUUUUUGGUGCUGUGGACACUGUCAUGACUUCACAGCUCCUUCUUAUCCCUGUUCCUGAUGGUUUGGACUAAUCAGCCACGAACUUUGAACUGUUGCCUAGGAAACAUGCUGCCACUUUGCAUUCUGGGAGUUUAAAAUCGAAUCUUCAUAUUGAAGGUCCAGUUAUAUUUCAGUGAGCAAUGAUUAUUUUGUAUGAAUUCUUUUGUAUGAAACGAAACGAUUUGAAUAAAAUAUGAAAAGCAAAA